AUGGCGGCAGGCCCCGGGCCCGGCCCCGGUGGCGGCGGCGGUGCGGGCGGUGCGGGUGGUGGCGGUGCGGGAGGAGGAGGAGGAGGGGGGGGGAUAGCGGCGGCGGCGGGAGGGCCGGGCUGGCGGCUGCCCGGGCGGGUGUUGGAGCUGGUGUUUUCUUACCUGGAGCUGCGGGAGCUGCGGAGCUGCGCGCUGGUGUGCAAGCUGUGGCACCGCGUCCUGCACGGCGACGAGAACAGCGAGGUGUGGCGCAGCCUGGCGGCCCGCUGCCUGGCCGAGGAGGCCCUGCGCACCGACAUCCUCUGCAACGUGCCCACCUACAAGGGCAAGGUCCGUGCCUUCCACCACGCCUUCAGCACCAACGACUGCUCGCGGAACGUCUACAUCAAGAAGAACGGCUUCACCCUGCACCGCAACCCCAUCGCGCAGAGCACGGACGGGGCCCGCACCAAGAUCGGGUUCAGCGAGGGCCGGCACGCCUGGGAGGUGUGGUGGGAGGGCCCGCUGGGCACCGUGGCCGUCAUCGGCAUCGCCACCAAACGGGCAGCCAUGCAGUGCCAGGGCUACGUGGCCCUGCUGGGCAGCGACGACCAGAGCUGGGGCUGGAACCUGGUGGACAAUAACUUGCUGCACAACGGGGAGGUGAACGGCAGCUUCCCCCAGUGCAAUAACGCCCCGAAGUAUCAGAUAGGUGAAAGGAUUCGAGUUAUCCUGGACAUGGAAGACAAAACAUUAGCAUUUGAGAGGGGCUAUGAGUUCUUGGGAGUUGCCUUCAGAGGACUGCCAAAAGUUUGCCUGUAUCCAGCAGUGUCUGCUGUGUAUGGUAACACAGAAGUGACUUUGGUCUACCUGGGAAAACCUCUGGAUGGAUGACAUGGAUCCUUUCCUUGGGUCAUCGAGACGUGGACGAUUGGGAGGAGAAAUCUGCAUGUUGGUUAGAGGGAAACCUGUAUUACAGGAACAGCAAACAAGUGUGGGUGUGUGUCCAAGAGCCAUCGAGGGAAUCACACGGAGUUUUGGAACAGAGCACCAGCCAUACUUCAGGAAUUCUGUUACAUUUCCUCUUUCUACCAGGCCAGAAAAAUCCUCAGGGUUGCAGUUGGUGGAGUGGGAAGCUUGACACGUGCGUGUUGCAACAGAUUUCAUUGCUGAGAUGGCAGUGUGUGACCUCAGAUAUUUAAGAAAGGAUUUGCUAGAAAACUGCUUGAGGAAAUGAACCUGAGAUUUGUAAGUAGCGUGUUUUGUGAAAGACUCCCAUUUUAAAACUGCUUGUUCCUUCCCUUCCCUCCUUUGGACCAGCCUGGGUACCAGAGGAGAGGCAGUCUGGUUGGGUUUUAUUUACUAUUUUUAACAUACUGAGAAGCAGGGUCUGUCUGGACUGCCCUUCUCUAGUACAACGAUACAAAAUGUGUGCAGCUAUUUUUAAGUGUAUUUUAAGGGUUGUAUAUAUAUUUAGGACACGUUGAAAGGAGCAGUGAAAAGAAAGGGUUUGCUUUAUUCUAACUGGGAUCUCAUUUCUUGAAGGGAAAAUCCUCCCCCCUCCCCACUCUGUGGCAUCAGAAAAUAUACCUCAGGGAGGUAUAUAACAUUCAUCUAAGUGUACUUCUGUAGUGUAAAGCAUUUUGGGAUGCUCUUGUGGAGUGGGGUGCUCCAUUGGGUCAUUUUCUGACACAGUUUCCAUAGCUUUUAGCUGCAGUUUUGUUCCCUGUAGGAAAUGCAAAACGUUUUCCUUUGGCCAAAAUUUGCAGCCCCCUCUUGGAAGGGAAGAAGCAAGAGAGCAGUGAGCUGGUCUUCCUUUCCACACCAAAAGUACUGACUCGUAAAACAUUCUUACACUGUCUAAUCACUGUUGCUAAGUUGUUCUGAGAUCAUGAGGAAGGAGCAUUCAGUUUCUGAAUCCAGACCUUGCUUCCAGCUUAAAAGGCUUUGUAAGUAAGACUUGGCUGAACCUUUCUUUCAUGUCAUAAAACCCCCCAGUAACCAAGUGUUCACCUCCCUGUUUUCAUUCAGGCAGGAGGAGUAAAACUCUCCCCAACCCUUUGAUGGGGAUUCUGGAUCAGGUUCAAUGUUGGGACUUUGCUCUUGCUCUGGUUUUCUAAAAACCAUGUACAACCCCUCCCUGGGUGUGCUCACUCUGAAGCUGAGUGGUGUAGGAAAGAGGGACUUCCUGAUGAAACCACUUUCCUCUGAGGUCUGUAGGGAGCCCCAAAAGGCCUCCUGUUUAAUCUGUGAGCCAUGCAUCUUGCUCUUGACUCUCACUUCUUGUUGGUUGGCAUUUCCCAGAGUUAUCUGAACCGUUCCAGAAGCUGGGCAUGUUUUUUAGAGAGGGAGAAGGAAAUGUUGAUACAAACUCUUGUUGUUUUCCUUGUGCUAGAGAAUGUGAAUCGCUUAAUAUCUGGACACUGGCAGUUCCCUGAGCACAGGACAGGAAUUCCUCUGAGGCUGUUGCUCAUUUCCCUCCCCCCAUUACUCAAGUAAUUUGAGGAGAGUGGUGCAAGCAGGUGAGUGUGGCUCCUAAGUCUGUUGCUGAGGAGCUUUGGAGUGCUUUUUACCUAGUAGUUAACCAAGUUCUGCACUGGAACAGAGUAUAUGUCAUGACCAUUUAAAGGGAUUUUAAAGUAUUUAUUUGUUUUGUGUGUUGUUUGUUGCUCAAAGGCAAUGUUGAGGUCCUGUUCCUCUCGGCUGCAUUAAAGAAACAAAAUACUCAGUGAGAAAUGAAGGUGUUUUUAAGUGGUGCUGAGAACAGCUGAAUAAAGUGUUGGAUGGGCAUAGGAGUUACCUCUUGGAAGAAUCUGUUACAAGCAUUGAUUGUACUAGACUGUAAAGUAUUAACUGUGGGGCAUGAAGUGGGGAAACAAGGAGAGAAAACCCAGCCCAAUUUCAGAAGAUAAACUUGUCCCCACGUUGAAUGUAUUCUCAGUGCAGUCCUGAAAGGUGUGACCUCUGUGCUUGUUCAUGAAUCCAUUUAGAUACCAGUAAACCCUGAGGACUUCCAAGGAGUUUUAUUCACAAAUUAAGGUUGAUUUCUAUUCUUUGGACUGCAUCUUACCCUAUAAAUCAUUUCCCUCUAAAUUAGAAAUGCUGAAAGUUGAACAUUCCUUAAAGGUGGGUUUGGGGGGGGUGACUCACUUAUGUAAGAUUAUAACUUAUUCCUGGAGACCAAUGCUGGCUGUACAAAAUAUUAAAAUAAACUCUGCUGUAAUUCAGAA